AUGGAGGCAGCAAAUUCGCAAUCGAUAUUGAGCGUAGCAUGGCAGCCAAUCGCAGGUUACGCAGCGAUCGCUCUUUUCGCGUUAUGGUUCGGACACAGGUGGCUGCUGAAUCGAAAAGAACUUUUACACCAUAAAGUAUUGACCAGUAAAAUGAAUGGGCCUAAAGUUUGGCCGAUCGUUGGAAGUGCGCUUGAGUUAAUCGGGUCGGCUGAAAGUGAGUAGUAUACUAGUAGACAUAAAUAUCACCUUAAAUAAGUAAUCGCUAGUGUAAUUACCAGAUUGUAUGUUGAGUCGAUAUGGUAAGAACUGAAUUUAAACACCAGCAAUUAAACAGAAUAUAUUUCUAUAUUGAAUUUAAUAUCACUCGGCAUAACAUUUUUAACUAGGAAAGUAAAUGGUAAUGGAGAGUCGAGAUACCUAUGAGCUUUGAUAUUUAGUUUAAAAUAGUUAUAUAAAUUUAAAAAAGUUACUAGCAUGUUUCAUAAUAUGACUAAUACCGAAUUCGUCAGUUUAAAAGAAUAUGCAAUAACCUUAUUUUUGAAAAUGUUGCAAUGACUGUUUGCCUCUCUUUAUUAGAAGAGUAUAAAGCAAAACAAAAUUACACUCAUACUAAGCAAAUAUUGAAUGAUACUUUUAAUAACAUAUUUUACCGGUAUAGCUUUAUAAACAUUUUAAUACAAAACUACACAAAUAUUUAUUUAUUUAAGUUACAUAAAUACAUAAGUUAUAUUAAUGUANUGAAAAUGUUGCAAUGACUGUUUGCCUCUCUUUAUUAGAAGAGUAUAAAGUAGAACAAAAUUGCACUCAUACUAAGCAAAUAUUGAGUGAUACUUUUUAUAACAUAUUUUACCGGUAUAGCUUUAUAAACAUUUUAAUACAUAAAUACACAAAUAUUCAAUUAUUUAAGUUAUAUUAAUACAGGUUUUAGUAAUAUGUGUACUAUUUCCAUUUUUUCCAGUGGUUGUGGAUAAAAUAAGGAAAAUGACAUUGGAUUAUGGGCCAGAACCGUUUAGGUUUUGGAUGGGUUCGCAUCUUUUAAUGUUCAUAACACGACCAGAGGAUUUGCAAGUAUGAACAUACUAUUUAAUAGGAAAAAAUCCUUGUAAAAAAACAUCGAAAAACCAAGAAAAACGUAUGAAAAACGAGAAAUAGAUAUAAUAUUAAACAAAUAUUAAUAAAGAAAAUAUAUAAAACACGUGUAAUUAUUUUACCACUAUACGAUUUAUAGAUUGUUGGCAAAUCAAUAUCAACCGAUAUCAAACUUCGCUCAAAACUAUAUUUUCGGUGGCAAUGGUUAUUCGAUCCAUAUUGUUAUGCAUUAAAUUCCUUAAAUACUAUAAUUAAAUAAAUCCAACAAACCAUAGUAUAUAAUUAAAAUGUACAAAAGAUUCGUAAAACACUUUUUAGAAAUAACUAAGAUAUUAGCGAAAUGACUAUGUUAAGUUAAAUCUAUUCAUUGAUAUAAAAAAGGAAGUAAUCAAUCAAGUCCCUUUUGUAUCAUUCUCAAAGGUUUUCUUUUAUACGGCUAAACGUUUUACUAGCGUGAUACGUGCAUGUUUUAAUGAAACUUGCAGUAUGGACAAAUUUAAGAGAUUCCAACUUUACACUAGUAUAUACUGGCGACGCAAAUAUGUUUUUAUAGCAUAAAUGACCACUUACAUCUAAAUCCAUAUAUGAUAUUAAUGUACCUAAUAAUAUUACAUUGAUACAGUGAUAUUCGUCCUGUGCAUUUUUUUUUAUUUUACCUAAGCAAGUAUAGUAGACUUAACAGCAUUUACGAAAGUAAUUAUUUAAUAAACAACAUUUCUGUAUUUGUUUUAGAUCGUGUUAAAUAGUUCCAAAGCCCUGAAUAGACCGUGGAUUUAUGACAUGAUUUUUGAUGUAAUGGAAGAAAGUAUAUUCUUAGCUAAGGGUAUAUUUUAGUUACAAUAAUGUACAUCUAGAAUAUUACAAUAACAUAUCAUUAUUUGAAUAAUAUUACUAGGAUAACUUAGUUUAAGACUUAAAUCAAGGGUAGAAGUAUCUAUAUUAGAAGUGUAACUUCAUCCACAUGUAAAAUAUAUAAAAUGUAUACUUAGUAUAUUAAAUAUAUCUUGUAAUGCAUAGAUUGAUGAUCUCUUAAUGCAAAGAAAUUACUUUCUCGAAAAAUCGGAUCCAAAUAUCUUUUUUAAAUAUACAUUUGUGUCCACCAGUACAGGGAUUUAAGUUUAAUUUUUGAUACAUCUCUAUCAUUUAAUGAUCAUUUAAUGUCAUCUAUGCAAGGUUUUAUAAAUAAAUGCUGUAUAGGUGUUUAAAAUUUAAUUGUACUUGUAUCGUUGUUAUCGGUCAAUAUUUAAUCACAACUCAAUUAUUUGAUCACUAAACAUUCUAGGUACAAUAAAAGCUAUAGAGCAGGUUCCGAAUUGAUUUGUGAAAAUAUGGUAAAAGCCGNAAUAUACAUUUGUGUCCACCAGUACAGGGAUUUAAGUUUAAUUUUUGAUACAUCUCUAUCAUUUAAUGAUCAUUUAAUGUCAUCUAUGCUAGGUUUUAUAAAUAAAUGAUGUAUAGGUGGUUUAAAUUUAAUUGUACUUGUAUCGUUGUUAUCGGUCAAUAUUUAAUCACAACUCAAUUAUUUGUUCACCAAACAUUCUAGGUUCAAUAAAAGCCAAAGUGCUGGUUCCGAAUAGAUUUGUGAAAAUAUAGUAAAAGCCGCUUUUACAGAACACUUUGGUAGCUAGGUGAAACGUGUCAACUAACAGAUUGUUUCUAAUAAACGAUUGGUUUUAAUUUCCGAUUUUCUUAAUACACGACUGUGCNGUUGUUAUCGGUCAAUAUUUAAUCACAACUCAAUUAUUUGAUCACUAAACAUUCUAGGUACAAUAAAAGCUAUAGAGCAGGUUCCGAAUUGAUUUGUGAAAAUAUGGUAAAAGCCGCUUUUUCGGAACACUCUGGUAGCUAGGUGAAACGCGUCAAUUAACCGAUUGUUUCUAAUAAACGGUUGGUUUUAAUUUCCGAUUUUCUUAAUACACGACUGUGCCGUCCCGAAACAUUUUGUUUCAAUAACGCGAUUGUAUCCGUGAUCCUAAUUAGCGGCUUCUAUUGUAGUUUCUUUCAGAUGUGACAUUAUACGGCAAUCGUCCUUCUGUUACCACCCUUAACUAACCUUUUUAACUCUUUUAUCACUCGAAACAAGACGAAGAAGUCUAUAUUUCUGCUGCAUUUUUACAUAACUCGAUGGAAAUAUUUAUUGUCAAAUUAAAUUUCGCAAUUUCUAGUCGUAGUACUAGACAGUCAAAUAGAAGUUAUGUGUUAUUUCAGUUCAUAACAUAUAGUUUAAAUGCUCCUGUUAUUAGAUGAAUAAUACUUGUAAAUAAGUUUAAUGAUGAUCUUCUUUUAUGUGCAAAUAUUAGUGUUAAUUAAGCAUAUCUAUAUGUUGUAAUUUCUCUACCUAUAAAUAGCAUAAUCGCAUUGUAUAAACUUAUGUAUAUCUUAUAUUAUCUUAUUGUAUACUUAUAAAUUGCAUUUUCGUUGGGCUGCUUUCCGUCUAAAAUAAUAAAUAAAUUGUAUAUUGAUAGGUAAAAGAUGGCGAAAUAAUCGAAGCAUAUGUAAUGCUUUCUUCAACAUCAAAACUCUACACAAAUAUUUCCCAAUUUUUCAAGAAAAUAAUCAAUUACUAAUCGAGAAUUUGAACAAGCAAGUUGGGAAAACGGAGCUUUUCGACCUUGGGGAGUACAUCGCUGACACAAAUAUGGAUUCAAUAUUUCGUAAGAUAUAGUAGAUUAAGAUGUAAUUAAUUAAGAAUUCCACCAGAUUAAUAAUGUGAUGUCGAUUAUUGAGGUUCUUAUAUAAUUUACCAGCCUCAACCAGCCACACAACAUAACCUAUAUAAACUACCACCUAAAAAGUAUUAUAAGCAUGGCGAAGGAUGUCUUGGUUNAUUCUAAUUGAUUUUAUGCUACAUACAGCAACCAUAAUUUACCUAGUUGUUAGUAGCGUAUAGUACAUACUAAAUACUGUAUAUUAUGAUGACGUAUGUUUGUGUAUACACGAAUCAAUAAUAAUUGCUAUAACUAGAUAUUAUUUUAUACAACUUUUUUAAUAAUUUAACACAUGUCUUAACAUUAUAGUGAAAUAGUAGCUAAACUCAAAAGUGCCUCCCCGUAUAUACGCCGCUGAAUUUUUUCGUGGAAUAUUUUGUGUAUAAUUCCAAAAACCUUUAAACUUUACUAUGUUUAUGUACAUCUUACUGCAUCACUGUAGUCAUUUUGAUCGGGCUGAAAACCCUGUGGUUAUGUAAUAUGUUCGUUUAUUAUAAAACAUAAUCCAAUUAAAAUAUUUUUUUCUAUAGAUAUCAUAUUAGGAUACGAUUUGAAACAGCAGCUAUCUGGCACUUCGACUACAAUACGCAUUGCUGUAGAAUUGUAUGCAUUUCAUAACAUCUUAGUACCUAAUUUCAAAUUGCAUUAAAUGUCGUCGUUUUCUUUUUUAGAAUUUCAAAGAUGAUUGGGCUGAGAGCUUACCAAAUUUGGUUGCAUCCAUAUUUCAUAUUCAAAUUAUACCAAAGGUUUACCGGAAAUUCAAAAACAAUUAAUAGAGGAUAUUAUUUUUUAGAUCAGGUAGAUAACGAUUUAAGGUAUAUCCCGUCAUUUCAUUUAUGUGUGCUGUCCGAGUAAUUUAAAUAUUACAUUGCGGAUAUAGACUAUCGGAUAUCGUGGAAAUAUUAAUUUGUACUUAAAACAAGCCACAGGCAUAUAGAAAAAUAUCGUUGAUUUUAGAUUCUGAGUGGAAUAAGGAAUGUAUAGUUUUCACAAAAAGGUGUUUUUUCUUUUUUCCAUGAACAAGUUUUCUAUCAGCAAUUUUGCUCCGAUUUACAUUAAAAGCACUUUUCUUUGAAAGGGAAUCAGUUUGAGGAGGUAUUUUAAGAAGUUUAUUUUUUGAUUUUCCAAGGAGAUUUUAUAUUUUUUUUUAUUUUCAUUUCAUAUAAAUACACAAACCACACGAAUCAAACAAUAAUAUAGACCUAAUUGGUCUUUUAAAAUAUAAGUCAAAUGAAAACUUAGUCCAUGAACCAUACAAAGUGUCCGUUUAUAUUAUUGACAAGACGAUUUCAAUGAAACUUAUAGUUAACUCUUUAAACUAUUUUUUAAUAAUUGAUAAGCCUAAAUUCAUUGAGUCUCAUUCAAUGAAUUAUCAUGACGCAUUCCGAGUAGCAGGGUAAAAAAAACUAAAAAUUAAUCAUGAGCAUUGAAAUCGAACUAUAUAACAUUUGCAUUAUAGACGCCAUAUUAAAAUUUAACCCUACCUAAAUUAUUCCUACAUAAAUAAACAUUUUUAUAUCUAGUAAAUUGGAUUUAAGGUUAAGGAUCGUUAUAAGUAGGGAGCAAUAAUAAUCUCUCGGACUUUAAAUAUUAAAUUAAUAAUUAUUAGAUUCUCGCUAUUAAAAAAGAAGAAUUCAAACAGAAGAAAUCAGUAAUCCAAAAAUACUCUUCGGAUUUUACCGAUGAAAAACAUGGUGAGUCUAGAAUUAUAAUUAUAUGAUUGUGUCCGUGUUAUAUGUUUUUUUCUCAAAGGUUCUUCAGAAAGUUUGUUGGAAAUGGUUUUGAAAUUAAGCGAAAAAAACGAAAAUUUUUCCGAUAAAUUUAUCAAAGAUGAGAUAAGCUUCUUUGUGGGCGCUGUAAGUACGAAUAUUUAAAAUGAUCACACCCAUAGUCAAGUUAUACAUAUUAUAGUCUGAGUACACAUUUUUAUUUUUUUAUGAUUAUUAAUGUUCCAGGGCAGUGAAACCAUGACUAUCACGACUAGUUUUUGUUUUUUAAUGUUGGCCAUUCACCAAGAUAUCCAAGUAAGUAUAUUUAUCAUUGAUGCUGUUAAUUGUUUUUUAUAAAGCAAUUUCAAUUAAAUCGCUUUAAAGAAAUAUAUUUCAUAAAAUUCAAGGGGAAAAGGAAUUAAGAGCUAUAAUUAUAGCAGCGUACUAGACAUUCCUGUGCUUCACAUUUCUCCUAAUCAUAUGAAGUAUUCACCCAUGAUGUACAUAAUAUUAACAAAGAUGAAUUUGGUAAUAGCUAGUAGCCAUUUUCAUAUUUGGUUAAAUAUUUAAAAAGCUAAUAAAAGGGACAAGUGCGGCCACAUUAUGGGUUGAAAUUUGGUAACGUGAGAUACUUAAUGUUAUUCAAUUUAUUUCUGUAACCAACAAUAAAUCUUAGCUAUCGAAAAUCAAUUUGGAGCGAAGUUCGGUUAUACGUGUUUUAAGAGGCCGUAAAAUUUGCGAUACUCGUCAAAAUUUGAUUUCACACUGUUUUUCUGUCUACUAAGUAAAAAUUGUAAUAACCACCCAUUUAAUUGUCUAAAAUUUCUUGGUAACUACCAAUAAAAAAAUACGUGCAAAACUUACAAGUUAUAAUGAAUUUAAAUAGCUCAAAAAUAGCUAAAAUGUAUUAAUAAUUUUAUAAUAUAAUUAUUUAGUCAUUAUGAUCUUUUAACAUUUAAGGAAUAGAAAAGUAUUAUCUGCAUGUUUAAUAUUUUUACUAAAAGAUAUGAUAAAUAGUUAGAAUAAUGCAUUUAUACGCAAUGCCCAAUAAUAAUAAAACAAAAAGUUGAAAUCAUAGAUAUCAGAGUAUAGCAGAUUAGUCAUAAUUCAUAAAUUUAAUGGUGAGUUGACAUUUUGAUUAUCACUGAAGUUCAACCAAAAGUAUUACUGUGAUAUGGCAGUAAAAAUUUUUGUCUAUUAUGAAUAAAAUCUCUGGUGCACAUCAGUAUCAAAAAAAAAAUUGUAAUGUGAAACAAUUAAUUUAUUACGUACAUUGUACAUAUUGUGAUUUAGAAUUUUGUUUUAAUAUAAAAUCUUAAGCAAAUGAUGCAGUUAACAUUUUUAAAAUUUUGUAAUUGAUUUCUACAUACAUUAUUUCUAAUAUAUCAGAAUAAGGUGUACGACGAAAUAUACAAUGUUUUCGGUGACGGUGACUAUAUAAUUACCNUGGAAGAUACCGCCCGACUAGUGUAUUUAGAACAAGUGUUAAAGGAAACAAUACGAAUGUACCCACCAAUACCGUUAAUUAUUAGAGAAAUUCAGGAAGACAUUCAAAUUUGUGAGUACUUACGUAAUAUUUUGUUUGUGUCAUAUUGAUUUAUUUCACAUUUAAAUAAAGAAAUAUAUAUUUAAUACGUAAAAAAUAGGUUGAGCAAUCCAGCGUAAGAUACUGAUUAACUCGAAAAAUAUAAACUUAUUUUCGAAAUUGGCUUCAUAAAAAUAUUUAAGUGAAAAGAAUCUUUACUUUUUUAAAUUUAUAUUAUUUUUCGUCAUUUACAUUCUUUGUGAACGAUUGCCUAUUUUCGAUUUUCAAAUAAUAAAACCUCUAUUUUAAUAAUUGUAAUAAUAUAUUGGGUAAAAUUAGUUAAAAUAAAUUUUGAUGUUGAUGUGAUUGUAAACCUCCAACAAAAUAUCCCCAGUUAAAAAUAUCUACGAUGAAAAUAUCCCUUAUGGAAAAUAUUCAAUAACUUCCUUAUUUUUAGAAAAUUUAAAAUUGCAGAACUGGUUGUUUCUUAAAUGAUUUCUAAAACAAAUUUCGAAAAAAGUUUAUACUGUCCGAGUUAAAGAGUGACCUGCGUUAGAUAGAUCACCUUGUGUAUCAAAACGAAUAUUAACAUUUAAUUAAGGAAUGCAUAAAAUAUAUGAUAUUCAUACAAAUUAUUAUCAUUUAUAUAGCUUCUGGUAAUCAUGUAAUACCCAAAGGAACGGCGUGUGUUAUAAACAUACUGAACACGCAUUAUAUUCCUACAUUAUACCCGAAUCCGGGAGUUUUUAAUCCGGAGAACUUCAACAAGGAAAACAUCACUACUCGUCACAGAUACAGUUUUAUGGGUUUUAGUCGCGGUGCAAGAAAUUGUAUAGGUCAGUUUAUAAUAUUAUAUCCCAGUGCUUGAAUUAAAGGUAGUAGUGAAUUAGAGGCCCAAAAGAAAAUCAUAAUUAAUAANUCCUACAUUAUACCCGAAUCCGCGUGUUUUUAAUCCAGACAACUUCAACAAGGAAAACAUCGCUACACGUCACAAAUACAGUUUUAUGGGUUUUAGUCGCGGUGCAAGAAAUUGUAUAGGUCAGUCUAUAAUAUUAUAUCCCAGUGCUUCAAUUAAGGGUGAGGCCCAAAAAAACAUUAUGGUUCAUAACAAUGUUUUUCUAGUUUUUUAUUUAUUAUUAUGAAUAGCUCCAUGGUAAUUAUGAAAUUUCUUGUUGAACCAACUAGGCUACAGAAGCUUUCCAUUCAACUUUUCAACAGAAACCACCAUCCUUAAAGUUAAAUAUAAGUGUGAGAUAUUUGGUAAAAAUUUGUUUACUGACAAAAAAAAUCAAAUUCAAAACCAGUAUGAUCCAAAAUAGUUAUAAGUUAUGUAAAUAAAAUUUUGAAUUAUAUUUAAAAUUUGGUAUAAAGUCUUUAUGUCACCCUUGUUUUAUUUUCCCCAUUAGAGAAUUGCGUAUAUAAAAUACUCAAAAAUAGAUAUAAACGAGGUAUACUCAUUAACACAUGUUUUUUUGAUUUACUUCGAUUACAGGGAAUCAGUACGCUAUGCAGUACAUGAAAGUUCAGAUGUCUAUGAUAUUGCAAAAUUUCAGCGUACACACAAACAUAACAAUGGACGACAUCAAAUUGAAGUCGGAUAUAUUGUUGAGGAGCGUCAACGGUUUUCCCGUUACAAUUCGACGGAGAAAUACACCGUCUACGGUUAAAUAA